CACAAGAUAACUGUUUGCCAUGGAGUGGGGUGUGUUGCCUUGGCCACCCGCGACAGCCGGAUCUCACAGGCAAGGGUGGGAUGAGGUUCUGGAUUCCAGGCAAGUGUAAAGCCACGGGGGAUGGUUUGUCAUCCUCAGUUCUUCCAAAAGCUUAACACUUGACUGAGACGUGAGAGUCGGGGUGGAUCCUAACAAUAACUGAAUCAGCAUGAAGUUAGGAAAUGCUAAUCCUCAAAAUUAUUAGUGACUUCUGUCUUCAAACUUACCAGUGGCCAUGGAGACGGGUGUUGGGAAGACCGUGAACAGUUUACGGAAACAUGAGUUUGUAGGAGACUUUGCCAAGAACCUUGUAGCCAGGUGGAAGAAGCUGGUGCCGGUGUCCCAGGAGGCAGACAGAAAUAACUUAGAUUCUGAAGACCGUGACUAUGAGAGGAGCAGUUCAAGCAAAAGACAUCAGGAACCCUCCCUCAGAGAGGAUGAGGAACCUGACCAGGAGUAUUCAGAACCCUUCCAGCCAUCUUGCAGCCAGUCCUAUAGCCCAGAUCCUAGGGAAAAGAAGUCCAAAAGGUAUCCUAGGCCUGAGAGAGCCCAUGAGACUUAUGGCUACAGCAGCCACGAGGGGAAGGCUUGGGGCAGAUCUUCCCCAGUGCUCUCUUCAGAUCAGGAGUACUCGGACUGUGGACAGGCUGGGUCACCUGAGCCAAGUGCGAGCCCUCAGGACAUAUACACAGACCCUUAUGCCUCUGAGGAGCAGGAAGAGCCAGUAUUUCAUCGGAAAGCCAGUAAAGGCCACAGCUUUCAGGAGAAGCUGGAGGGAGGCCGGGAAAGGAACCCCAGUGAGUUCCAUGACAAAGGGAACAUGAGUCGAAGCAAAGAGCAUAAGUCUUCUCACAAGAAGCAGCGACUCGACGGCAGAGAGGAGGACAGGAGCUCUGUCUUCAGCCCAGAAAGAUUGCACAAAACCUCUUUUAAAGAGCAACUCCAAGAGGCCCCCAUGGCAGGGGGCAGCAAGGAGAAGCAGAGGACGUCAGAUGGCAGCAAGAAGGAGAAGAACCGAGAAAGUGGUGCUUCCAGAAAGGAGAAGUUGCACAUGUUGCCGCACUCGGAAGAGACUUUGGACAACCAUGUUAAGAAGCAAAAACAUCGGGACUCUGAAAAAGGCAAAUUGGAAAAGCCCAAGUUGAGCUUGGAGACCUCGAACUCUGAGCGGGAGAAACGGAAAGCUGAGAGUGACUCAUCAAAUAGGAUUAAAGAGAAGGGGAUUUCUGGGAGCUUAAAAUCUUCGGAGGGGAAGCGCAAAGCCUCCGACACAGACAAAAAAUCUGGGGGCUUUUCCUCCGGUUUUGGGGAGGGGGAAGUGGAGGAUGAAUUUGAACAACCGACAAUGUCCUUUGAGUCGUACCUCAGCUACGACCAGCCCCAGAAAAAGAAAAAGAAAGUGGUCAAACCUUCAGUACCAGCGGGGGAGAAAGACCGAGGGCACAGCAAACAGAACGGAUCCAAAGCCGGUACCAACAGCUCCAGCUCGAGUCGGAAAAGUCCAAGCCACAAGCGAGCAAGUGAGAAAAAGGCAGAGAAGAAACUACCAGAGUCUCCUAAACCAAAGAGGAUACUUUUAGAUGUGGUACCAACAUUACCAGAGAUCCCACUGCCUCCAAUCCAGGCCAAUUACCGCCCUCUUCCUUCAAUCGAGUCCAUUACCUGCUCCCAGACGAAAAGGAAAGCAGUGUCCUCGCCGGUUGAAGAGAGCGAAGCGGGUUUUACCGGCCGCCGGUUGAAUUCAAAGAUGCAAGUGUAUUCAGGCUCUAAAACUGCCUACCUCCCCAAGAUGAUGUCUCUGUAUCAGCAGUGCAUCAGAGUCCUCAGUAACAACAUUGACUCAAUCUAUGAAGUGGGUGGUGUCCCUUUCUCAGUGCUGGAGCCAGUAUUGGAGAGAUGCACCCCCGAGCAGCUGUACCGCAUUGAGGAGUGUAACCAUGUCCUCAUUGAGGAUACGGAUCAACUGUGGCACAAUCACUGUCUCCGAGACUUCAAGAACGAGAAGCCGGAUGAGUUUGAGUCCUGGCGGGAGAUGUACCUUCGGCUGCACGACGCGCGAGAGCAGCGGCUGCUCAUGUUAGCACGGAACAUCGGCUCCGCUCAUGCCAACAAACCCAAAGGUAGAGUGGCCAAAAUGGCAUUUGUGAACUCUGCAGCAAAGCCCCCCCGGGACGUACGAAGGAGACAAGAGAAGUUUGGAACUGGAGGACCUCUGCUGCCAGAGAAGACCAAAAUAAAACCAGUCCUGUACACAUCGAGCAAAAGCCACACUCGUGUGAGUGAGGAGCAGUCCUAUGAUGGGCCCAGCACCAGCAGUGCCCAUUCUGUCCCAUCUUCAGGUAGCACCUUCUCCUCCUACGACCCCAAGAAACCACCAGUGAAGAAAAUUGCACCCAUGAUGGCAAAGACUAUCAAAGCUUUCAAGAACAGGUUCUCUCGGAGAUAAGCUUGCAGUGCAGAUCUGGGACUUGCCCUCUGGUGGGGAGUGGCACUGAAGGGGGAGAAGGUACUCACAGCCCUUUUCCUUGAACUCUUUGGAGGCUGCAGCUGCUGGGAGAAGCUUUGAUCUGCACAAGACAACAGCACAGUAUUUUAUCUUUUAUUCUGGUCCCUUUCUCAGUGUCAAGCCCCCUCUUUUCCACCUGCCCUUAACAUCCUGUUUCUGGCUUUGUCGUCCGUCAAAAGAAGGGUGUACAAAAUCUCCCGACGCAAGAAAAUGUGAAGUCUUGGCACCUGCUGAGGGUGGAAGAUCCAGAGACUAUUUACUAUUUAACCUCUUCAUAAAUUAUAAAAUGGUUUUAAUUAAUAUUUUUUGCCCCCUGUCCCAUUGGUAUUUAUGUUGCUCCCAGUAGUCUUCCCCCUCCUGAUGCAGGGCAAGGAUCAGCCUCUCCGUGGCUCCAUCUGUCUGAGUGGACACUGGGUGUCCUUCCGUGUGAUCUGGGACCUCCUGGGCUCCCUGGGACAGGCAGCACCCAUCUGCUCAGUGGUCUUCUGGCAAGCGUGUCAAGUCCCGAGGCUUUGCUCCCUACUUGUCUGUUAAUCUUCGCUCUCAACCUUCUCUCUGCUCUUACUGUAGAUCUUGUACAGAUGCUUACAUUGUUGUGCAGGGAUGCCAAGAGCCGCUGGGGACUUCUCUGCUGCUGCUGUUGUCUUCUGCUGCCUACUGGGAAUAAAACUACAAAGGGCUUGGGGAGAAAUUUUCCUGUGCACCAAGUCAGAUUUUAACUUCUUUCUCCUUUUUUUUUUUUUCCCCCCUUUUAAUUGAGAAGGUUACAGGGGACUUUGCCUCUGGAAUUGGAAACAGUUUUUAAAGCUCAAUGAAGGCGUCAGUUUGCCUCUUUUAGCAGAAAGAAGGAAUACUUUUAUCAUGUUUCCUGUGUGCAAUUGGGAAGGAUUUAUUUCCAGUUUGAAAGCUGGUGCUUAAAUCCUGCCUGUUCCCUGUAUGUCUGCCCCCGCUUUGGAAAAAGCAAGGAUUUUAGUCUUGGAACCUAAAACCACUUGCCUGGUGUUGGAGGGAAGUGAAUAACAGAACGUGGUCUGGUUUUAAUGUGUGUAUAGGUGGUAGCAGGAGUUCAGGAAUGGGUUGUACCUGGUGUCUGUGGGGCUGCAGCCCCUGCGUGUGGGUUCAGGUGGCCUCGCUGAGCAGACACAAGCAGCCGUUAAACAUUGAGCCUGAUUGUGGUGAACGUUUCCACUUGCGGGUUACAAAAGCAACCUCACCAGAGGUGCUGUGAGCAGAGGUUGGAGCUGGUUAGACCCAGGUUGUGCAGGGGCAGCUGGCAGCACUGUCGGGGCUCGGAGGUCCCACUGGGUCAGAAAGGGGAGAGCUGCUCCUGUUCCAAGCCAUAUUCACUGCCCUGGGACUGUGCUGUCUAGGUGGAAAAGGUGUUGAUGGUGGAUGCUGUUGCUGCUGGGUUUGUGUGGCUGCCACAUGCUGAACCAGUGGAGUUGUCUGUGCACUGACUGGGGAACCUUGCUGUGAAGAGUCCUCCCCGUAGGGCUCUAGAAAAAUCCCUGUAUGCUUCUGGUUUCUGUUGGUUCCUUUCUUUGUUAUCCUCCUUUUUUUUUUUCUUUCCUUAAACCCAUUCUGAACACUUGUCUCUUCGUUUAUUUGGGCUCUUCUUUCCUUAUUUUGAAGGUCUUGGAAAAAUGUUCUCAGACUCUCACGUGCUGUAAGUUGGUUACAGUCCCAGAUGCUUUAAUGUUCCCGUGCAGCAUUUCAGUGUGUGUUGUGCUGUAAAAUACUGGCUCCUUACUCUUGCGUUUUUUGCUGUAUUUAAUUUUGCUGUAUUUUUAAUUAGAUAACAAUAUAUUAUCUUCUGCUGACCGUUGUGCUACCAUUUAUUUCUCCUCUGUACUUGGGGUAGGGGCAGAGGGGGAGGGAAGUGGAGUCUGGCAUCAUGUCCAGGCCCUAACGGAGCCUCGAGCAGAGGAGCUGGGCGUUGCUAAACUGCCACUUGCUGAACACUACAGCAGCCCCUCGGAUGUGAUACUGCCCAAAGCAUUGCUGGUACAGGGUGAUGCCCCUUCCCUCUCAGCCUCUUUGCCGUGGGCUUUGCUGCCUGUGUCUGUGUUUCAGCUUGGCUGGGUGGCAGGGAGGGGGCCAGAGUUGAGGUCGGUGCCUGGGGUGUUACUUGUGCAAUUCCCAUGUGCUCCACUCACGCAAAGGACCGGAGCAGAGCUGCCUCUUCCCCCCUUCGCCACACCGCGGGCAGGAGGGGGGUGACUUUGACUUGCAUUUGUAUUUUGGUCCCCGACUGUGUACAUACACUUUUCUAUGUUCUUUUCUUUUUUUUUUUUUUUUGUGGUAACUAAGAUGAAUAUUUUAAUUAGAUAAGUUAUAUGAAAAGCAGAAAAUCAUGUCUCAAUAAAAGCCAAACACUGGACCC